CCACAGGAGUGAAAUACAGCCACCGCCUCAUGUACGGACAGUAGGAACUGUCAGAACUGUGGUGCGGCUGAAGAGACAUUGAUAUCUUGUCAAACAGAUGGGUUAAGGUCAGUCAAUAGGAAAACGUCCACGUGCCGGUCAGAUUAGAAUCGGGCCGACAGAGCGUCCCGUUACCGGCGAGCAGUGUCCGUCUCAUUGAUUUGAAGGGGAAUGAAUGCUGACACAUCCACGUAGUCAGCGAAGGCACGCGGCUGGCCUCACAGCGCGAGGCCAGUUGAAGAGCGGGCAGAGUGAUGCGUUUCUGGGACGAGGGCACUUUGGUUUUACUCUGAAACUUCACAGCAGCAGUGUGGGGGCUGAACACCAGGACCACAUUUGGAUAACAUGUCUCUGCUGAAACAGCGGGGGAGAGAGCUUGAGCGUUUCGAUGGAUUGUCGCUCAUUUACUGAAAUUACCUGAGCUCUGGGACUACUUUCUGAUUUACGUCUCAGGAGCCUUAGAGUUUAAUCCUGACAGCCAAGAUGUAGACCUGGGACUGUUUCCUCUCAGGAUGAACCCGACCAUUAAGACCAGGACACUAAUGGGUCCUUACGGAGUAGACCGAGCUGUACAUUCCAUGGAGUUUACAGACUGUGAGAAUGGUCUGGGAAUCAAAGUGAUUGGUGGAGUGAAGGAGCUAACUGGAGAGGAGUUUGGAGUCUACGUCAAACGGAUUUUACCAGGUGGCCUUGCUUCAAGUGAUGGAAACCUGAUGCCAGGGGACCAGAUCUUGGAGGUGAACGGGGACAGUCUUGUAGGAGUCACAAGUGAGAGAGCUGUGGACGUCUUGAGAGCAGCCUCGGCAACCAAUCACAUGCGCCUUCUCAUAGCCAGAGAUGAGGAAGCAAAGAGAGAAUUUGCUGAGUUGCUGGAGAAGUAUGGGUCUAAUGGUAGCACAGGAUCAACACGCAACUCUCCCAUCCAGCAAGGAGGCCGCUACCUGGAUAGUACAUCAUCUGGUUCCUCGUCUCGCUCCCAGAGUCCUUUGUUGUUAAGCCCAGCAGGCUCUCAGAACAUGUACAACAACAGUGGGCCCAUGCUGCGCUCCCUCAGUCAUCCAGGUGAAGGAGUGAUUCAGCUCAUUUCAGUGGCGCGGUCCAGCAGUUUGGGCAUCACCAUGGGAGGAGGCUCCAACAGGCCUGACGGCCCCGCGGUCUUCAUCCAGGAGGUGCUGUCUGGAGGAGACUGUCACCGGGAUGGACGGCUGAGGCCUGGAGAUCAGCUCAUUGCCAUUAACAAGGAGUCCUUGAUAGGUGUAACCCACGAGGAGGCCAAAAGCAUGCUGAACAAAGUCAAAUUCAGCCAAGACAGUGUGGUGGAGAUUGCCUUCAUCCCAGGGAAAGGACUUUUUCCAAGCAGCACAUCUCUCCACAAUGGGGUCCAGCGAGCUGCGGGCAACAACAACAACUGUGGACGCUUAAAAGUCCACAUCAGAUCACCUGAGAUCUGUACAGAGGAGCCAGCCCCAGUGUCCUCACCUUCUCCUGACAUCUGCCCACCAGAUAUUCAUAUUUCAGGUUCAACCAGCCAGAGGUUACCAACAGGGGCCAAACCUAAGAUAACACUGGACCCCUACAUACGCCUCAAAUCAGACAAGUUAGACUUGGCUUUGUCCUUCCUCGGCUUGGAUGUCACAGAAGAGAAGAGGAAGAAGUUGAGACAGAGUCUGACCACAGACCCACAAGGCACUGUGGCCUAUGGAGACUUCGUGGAGGCCACCCGGAACGCCUUCCAGGAGAACCUGGAGGAGCUGGGUUUAGGGGCGGGUCCCUUCAUGUUUUCCUAUCACGAAGCAGCUAGUUUGAUGGACACAUCGGCCUUCCACUCCCCCACAUAUGAAUCAGAAUGCAGCUACAGCAGUGAGGAGAUGGAGCAGUUUCAGACAGAGGUGAAGCAGCUGCAAACCCAGAUGAAGCAGCUCAAGGUGAUGCUGAAGGACAUGGAGCACAGCAAGAAAACCCUGGAGGAGGAGCUGCAGAAGACCUCAGAGAAAGCAGGUUUGACUGUGGAGGAGAACACCCGUCUGAAGAGUCGUCUGCAGGCAGCCGAGGCCGAGGCGGGGCAGCGGCAGGCCAGCAGUGCAGAGCAGGACUACGAGGAGGUCAUCCAGCUGCUGGAGGCUGAGAUCAAAGACCUGAAGAACCAGCUGGCCAGUAAGAGGCAAGCACAAGGAGUGGAGGCCACCAAGGUGAGUCUCAAGCAGGAGGAGGUGCUGGAGCUGAACAGGAGGCUGACAACCAUCGACUGCCAGCUGAGGAAGUCGGAGCUGAGCAGGAAACACCUGGAGAUCUCCAACAAGAAACUGCUGGGCUUUGCACAGAACGUCCACAAAGUGCUGACAACACCCAGCCUGUUUGGAGGAGAAGGCGGGAGCAACAGGUCAUCUCCAGCCACUGACAGCCCCGACACCCCUUCACCACUUCCUGAUCCCGCCUUCCAACUGGCUGUGGAGGCCAAAGAGCUGGUGGCGGGAGUCUGCACCCUCCCUGCUGAUGACCAAGCGUCAGUGAGUGUGUUGGAGGCAGCAUCAGUCCCAGAUGUUAGCCCUCAUCAUAUGUGAGCAACAGAGAGCCAGAGAGGACUGUGGGAGGGCCUGGGCAGGCUGAAGAGGCUGAAUGAGCAGCUGAACCCACGAUGGACUACACCAUAGUCAACAGACAGUACGCCAUCCAAUACACACCACUGUAAUGAAUUCAAAUCCUCAGUUCACAGUGACACAUUGAACACAACACAGCCAAUGUUUUAAUGCCAAAUCUUUCUCGCACACAUCCAAUUAGUGUCUUCCUUUGAAAUAUCGGACAGUCUUUAUGGAGGGUUCAGCAGUGGGAAGUGUUGGACUUAGUCACGAGCCGAGGACUCGCAUCAUUCGACGAUAACAUACGUACACAAGUCUCUAUGAGAAGUGCUCUGCCAAAUAAACAGUCUGCUGGAUUUCUCUUUUGUGUUGCUCUGACAGCAGGUGGUGUUGGAGGAGCUGCAUGACCGAGUCCACAACACACACACACACACACACACAAUGCUGUAAACCUUGUUAAUACUACUCCCUGACCUCUUUUCUACCCACCCCCCCACACAGAUUCACUCCAUGGAGUGCAUGUAAAGGAGGACUUGUUUACUUGGAAAGGAAAAUCCAGAGCUGGUCUGUUCAAACAGUCUUCCUCUGUGUCAUAAUAACUGGCUGCCAUCUGCCUCCGUCACACACCGUCGCUCGUUUGCUCUGCCACAGAGGUUAUGAACUAAAAAAUAAAAAGCAGCAGUGUCCCGUUUUCCAUCUUGCUAACUCUCCUUGUGCCCUUAUUCUUUAAUAAAAGGCAAAGAAUGAAGUAUUCAGAGAUGUUUAUCACCUGCAACUUCACGUCACUGCAUGGUCCAUGUCGAUGUGUCUCCUGCAUCCAGGAGUGGCUUUAAUGUUGCUGUAGCUCCUGCUGUGUAAACCUGUGUUUGGUAGUCAGUCUAGGCACACAUCAUCAUCAUGUGGAACGUUCAUUUUAUUUAUAAUCCUGUACUUCAACCAGAUUGCAUCUUUGGUGUGGCCUCAUAUCUUUCUGUUACUGUUUUAUAUUAAAGGAAUAACUGAUGACUGAA